CGAAUGGGGAACCUCCAGCCCUUCAACUGUCAAGUCGGAACAUGCUAGUGGAGCAGUACUUCUGCCGCCAAAGUGCGGAGUACACGAGGAUCCUCCAUACUUUAUAGCCAGGUAAGAGAAUUAUUUGUUCCUUGUCUUCUUGAACAACGUUAACAGUGACUCGGUUCAACUGAACGACUCGGAUGCCUUCGACUAUCAUUCAGGCGGGGAAAACAUGGCAUGGGUUCAGCAAGAUCGAGUAUUUGAUCAUAUUUGGCGAUUCCUAUAGCAGCAUUCGCUGGGACUACCAAUCUUCUCCCAAUCCGACAGUCAAGAGCCCCCUGGGAGUGACGUAUCCUGGGGUAACAUACACAGAGCCUGGCAAGCCGAACUGGGUCGGACAUCUAGUGAAAUCGCGUCCAUCUAAGCUGGUGUACGACUAUGCCAGGGGAAAUGACUUUGUCUCUUCUCUGGAGAGACAGAUCAUAUACCAGUUCCUUCCGAAUGUCGCAAAGAAGCCAUCAUCAGCACCAUGGGAACCACAAGACACACUCUUUAUGACCUGGAUUGGUAUCAAUGAUCUCGCCCUCAUCGAAGACAUUGAUGGCGUGUUUAACACGCUGAAAGGGCUUUUCCGUUACCAAGAGAGACUAUACGCCUCUGGAGCUCGAAACUUUCUGUUGUUUGACCUCCCUCCAAUCCACCGAUCGCCCUCAGUGCGCGACGAUGUUGAUACCGUGAUGGAACAAUAUCAAACAUGGAACGCGACAUUAGAGAAAGAGCUCCGGAGCUGGACUAGAACCCAUCCAGACAUCACCACCUUCCUCUUUUCGUCAUGGGACGCGUUUUCGCGCGUGUUGGAUGACCCAAACGCAUUUGGAUUUGAUCCCAGUGAUGCCAGCGAAGCUGGGGGCGCAAUAUGGGUAGAUCGGCUCCGUCCCACGAGUGCGAUGCAUCGAAUCAUUGCGGACGAUCUGAUUUCGUUCUUGGACGCUCACUCACCUCAUGUCUCCGAUCAACCAGAAUUCUCGCACAAUCGUGCAUGCUUCUCAGCAAGUAAUGCUGUGUGAGUGAAGACGAGUUUGCGAAAAAGGCAUAGGGCAAGGGCGGGUGCUUGAUUGUUGCCUCUGGUAGGAACCAGUAGCAUUUUUCAGUCCAUGACUACUGCCGAGUUAUCUAUUCAUGUGACUGUAUCCAUCACGUACAAUCCUUUCAAUUUCUUUGGCAUGAUCUCCCAAGUUUGGUUGUCAUUAAUGCGAUUUGAUGUGUCAUUCUUUUCAAACAGUGAAAUUUUGAUCAUCGCGAGCUCAAAGCAGUAUAACGACAAUUAAUGCUAUCCGUGUCGCUCUGCCAGGGCCUGGUACGACGUAUCCAUAGU